AUGUCUGGAGGAUUCUACAAGUACCGCUGCAAGUACUUCUACACCCACAACUGUGAGAAUUGGGUUUGGGUGAACAAUGCCCCAUGUGCAACUUGUCUCGCCGUAGGGCGAGAUGAUGAGACACUGCCAGGCCCAGUAUCGAUGCAACCCCGGGAUAUCAGCGUGCCGAGUGUCCAGAAUGGUGUUUUGCAAUACACCCUGAAGGAAUUUGUGGCCCCUACUGAGCCCAGCGAGCAUUGGACUCUUCGGGACAAAGCCGCUCAGCCUCCUCCGGCUGUACCGGUAACCAGUGCCAUGCCUAGUUCAUCUGGCAUAAUUUCGACCGGUAUGCUGGCUCCAGGACAUCAAGGAAAGGAGUAUUGCAUCCCGCCGCACAGUGAGGAAUGGUCUGGUUAUCGUCCCCCAGUGUUCAGAUGA